AUGGCUUCGACAUCCCGCGCAAACCAACAUCCAUGGGUCACAGCGUAUCAAAACGCACCACCAGCCACAUGCGCUACGCUCCGCGCCUUCUCUAACACCGUAGAGUACGGCUUGCAAUGCGUCUUUGCUGAAGAAGACGGCGAUCCUCUUCCCAAUUCCAUCAACACUGCAUGUCUACCUUGGGCUACAAGCGGCGUUCCUUCCAGCGCCGCGUUUUACUCUCCUGCUACCGCUUGCCCGACCUCAUGGACCGCUGUGGCGACGCGAACAGCUGCUGAAGGAGCAAAUGAUUGGACUGAUGGCGAAACUGCGAUCGAGUGCUGUCCGCAGGGUUUCGUGGGCGGGACGGGAGGGAUGUGCAAUCCUGGGAGUAGUGGGACGACGCCGGUUGUGAGGUGUGGCGAGGCAGAUGCUGAGGAGAAUGUCAACCUCGUCUACACAGCGGGUAGUUGGCCGGCAAGUGUAACAGCAAGGGUUACAGCGUUGCAGUUGAGAUACCAACCGACUGAUAUUGAAUCGAGUGCGAGCUUGACUGGGAGUAGCAGUGGGAGCACGAGUGCCAGUACAGGCAGUUCAAGCCCUGGCGCUGGAAAUAGCGUCGGUGGAGGACUGUCAACAGGUGCGAAAGCAGCAAUUGGGACGGUGGUUCCUUUGGUAUUCAUUUUGGGAACACUUGCAGCGUUCCUCUUGUGGCGAAGAAGAAGGCAUAGAAAAGCUGCAGUAGCGCUGUCCAAAGACGUGGGAGAUGGGCACGAGGCGAAACAGAGCUACAAGGCUGUCGCGCAAAGCCCCUAUAACGAUGCGAAAUCAGGACCGAAUAUGCUACCGGUGGCAGCAGUGGCUGGAGCGACUCAAAAUGUUCAACAUGAGGCGCCUGAGUGGAAUGCGGAGCUCGAUGCUACAGAAGCAGAAAGGCGGAGGUACAUGGCGGUUCAGGGUAGUCUGUUCCCAGCGACAGCUAGUGGGGCCGGUGAUGCGGCAAGCUCCGGAGGUGUAAGUGAAGCCAACGAACUUGGUGGUAUGAUAAGAAUGAAUAGAAAGCCGGUUGCACCGGCGGAACUUGACUCGACGCCUUUGACAAUGGAGAUGGAUGGAGAUGCGGAGCGGAGGUAA